UAAAACUUUUGAAAUCCCUAAGAUAUUUUUGACACAAAUUACGCAAUUUAGGCCAAGCAAAAGGUAUUCCCAAACUAACAAGUUUUUACAACAUGACAGUAUGAAAAGACUUAAGGUUUAAAUGAAAAUUACGUGCUCAAAAGUUCGUCAUCAAAUCUUUAAAAUCGGCCGCCUCGUUCGCUUUGCAUUCCCGCGUACGCAUCUCUAAACCACCCUCAAAAUUUCUCGAUCUCUACAAUUUCAACUCCAUACUCUUUCUGUUUCUCAUUCUCGAUCUCCCUUCCUUUCUCCCAUCAUCAUCACCCUCUUCCCGAUUGUUCGAUUAUCUUCAUGUUGUGAUUUAUUCCAGUUCCGCGAAUUUGAUCGAGUGAGCGAAGAUUAAGGAACGUCCAGCACCACUGAGACACGAUUCAGGAAGAGAAGAGGUAAUAAAUUGACAGACAAUGUUGAAGUCUCUUGAUGAGUCGGAGAACCCAGAUAAUAAGCCAAAUGAGAAGGGCGUUCUGAUUUGUGCCCAAGAUGUGAGUAGAAUGUCAUCCCCUGGACAUUUUGAUCAAAGUAAUUGUGAAGUACUGGCCGCCAGUUUUCAACAGCUUUCCUUUGGAGUCCAUGAAGAAGUUAAUGGCUUGUCGAUAUUGAAUCUGAAACCUCCUCUUUCACGACCACAUAAUUGUCAGAUGAGAAAAAAGCUUCUCAUUCUUGAUAUAAAUGGUGUGCUUGUUGAUAUAGUAUCUCCUCCUCCCAAGGAACGGAAAGCAGACAUUAAUAUUGCUCGACAUGCUGUUUUCAAAAGACCUUUUUAUUUAGAUUUCAUGAAGUUUUGCUUUGAAAGAUUUGAAAUUGGCAUAUGGUCAUCAAGAAACAGGAAGAAUGUAUCAAGAAUGGUUGAUUAUUUGAUGGGAGACAUGAAGCACGGAUUGUUAUUUUGUUGGGAUCUGUCGCACUGUACUGCUUCAGAAUUUUAUACUGUGGAAAAGAAGCAUAAACGACUAGUUUUCAAGCAACUGAGAAAAGUUUGGGAGAAGCAGGACCCAAAUCUUCCGUGGAAACAGGGAGAGUAUAAUGAAUCGAAUACAGUGUUGGUGGAUGAUUCUCCAUAUAAAUCGUUGCUUAAUCCUCCAAACACUGCAGUUUUUCCAUAUUCCUACACGUUUCUGGAUGAAGAAGAUACUUCACUUAGUACAAGAGGGGAUCUUAGAAUUUAUCUAGAAGGCUUGGCUGAGGCUGAAAAUGUACAAAAGUAUGUGGGACAAAAUCCAUUUGGUCAAAGGCCAAUAUCAGAAGGAAGUGCAUCUUGGGACUUCUAUCACAUGGUUUUGGAUAAUUAUCACUCCAUUCCAUCAACUAUUUGAUUUUUUUUUUUUUUUUUUUUUUUGUUAAAUUGUAAAUUUGGGCUAUGUGGUUAGAAGAGAGUUGGAAUUAAAUACCUAUGAUUUGAUAAAACUCUCAUAAAUUGUCCUUACUUUAUGGCAAUUAUAUCAAACCAUAAGGACUAAUUAUGAGAUUUUAUCAAACCAUAAGGACUAAAUUCAAACCUUUAAAAUUCUUAUAAAAAAAAAAAUGUAACUUUUAAAAUCAUUUGGGAUUAAAUUCAAUUUUUUUUCCAAACUGUAGGGAGCAACUUUGUAAUUAAUCCUCUUUUUUGGGUUAAUUUGGAAGGGUGUAAGUUGUGAAGCAAUCUUGUAUUAAUUUGAAUGAAUGGACUUAUGAAUGGACUUUUAUCUUUUAUUACCGAAAUGAAAGAGUUCUCAUAUUCUUGCAA